AUGGGCGCACGAAGCAGCCAACCCGAGGCUCCACCGCCUUACCUUACAGAUCUGGGCGAGAGAAUUGGCGUCAUUCAGACUUUUGCGCAACACGACGAUCAGCUCAUUCUUAGGUUGAGAGAACAGAAAAGUUCAUGGUCAUCUAAGAAAUUCUCCGUGGAGAACGCCAUAACGGGGGAACAGGUCUUUCACGUCGACAGCAAAAAGUUUUCAGCGCAAUCUCGAAAGAUCGUUCAAGACGCAGGCAGGCAACCGCUAUUUAUUCUCAAGAAAACAGCCUACAGCAUCCAGGUGUCAUACGAUGGCUUCGAUGCUAAAGAUCAGCGUCUAUUCAGUGUCACCGCUGCUGGAGGCCCCUUCGGUCAGAAACAGCUGUAUGUGAGGUUUAAGAAUAACCUUGGGAAGGGAGAGUGGAUCCAAAUCCACAUUCGAGGCGACUGGCUCAAUCGUAACGCUUCGGUCACCCUAUCGGAUGGUACACCAAUCGCCCAUGUAUCUCGGCUUCCUUUGAAAGUGGGCGAGAUAGUUUUCGAUCGGCAAACGUACUAUUUGAUGGUUGCACCAGGAUUCGACUCAGCACUCAUGGUUGGCGCGACUAUCUGCAUGAAUGCGGCUCGAGCGCGAAAGUUCGAUGCCGGAAAUAGCAUCAACUUUGCUUUCAGUGGCUGA